AUCAGACCACAGGCAGCUUCAGAUCAACAGCAGUGGCAGCAGGCAGCUUAACAUCAGGCUGAACUGAGGAUCUUACUGAGAAACCAUGAAGAUCUUCGUCUUUCUCUGCUUCGCUCUGAGUUUCAUGGAUCUGUGUCUCUGUGGAGAUCCUGUAAACAUCAAAGCAGAACCAGGAGAGAACGUUAAUCUGCCAUGUGAAGCUGACAGGAACAGCAAAGUCUCAGUUGUAGACCUGACCAGAAACGACCUGGAACCAGAAUGUGUGUUUCUCUACAGGGAUGAACAGAUUGAUGUAAAUCUCCAGAACGCUCAGUACUUGGGCCGAACAGAACUCCUCAGCCAUUACAUCACUGAUAGAAACGUCAAUGUGACUAUAACCAAUGUGACAGAGAAAGACAGUGGAGAAUAUGAAUGCCGUGUUCAGACUGAAAUAAGAAGCAACACACGCAGCAAGAGAGCCGCUUCAGAAAAAACCACCAUCACCAUCAAGCUGAGUCGAGGACACAUUGUACCGGUUCUGGUGAUGUUUGCUGUGGUUGCUGUUCUGGCUCCUCUGGCUGUGUUUGUCUGGAAGAAGAGAAAUGUUUCUCCUCCCCAGGAUGAAACUGUAGAGACUCUUCAGCCCUGA